UCUGCCCCCGCCCGGCGCGCUGCCGCAAAGCGCGGCCGGGAAGAUGGCGGCGCGCUGGGCACUGGGCGCGGGCGGUUCCUGGGCGCGGGGUCUGCUCAGCUGGGCGCGGCCGGAGAGGUGGCUGCCAUCCUGUAGCUUUUUCCCUCUGUCAUGCAUCCACACAAGCACAUCUCUGCAGAAGACAGGGAAGUGGGAGAAAAAGAACAGGGUUGUUUACCCUCCACAGCUGCCUGGAGAACCCCGCAGACCAGCUGUAAUAUAUCACUGUCGGAGAGACAUAAAGUACAGCAAAGAUAAGAUGUGGUAUCUGGCAAAACUGAUAAAAGGAAUGACCAUUGAUCAGGCUCUUGCUCAGUUGGAAUUUAGUGACAAAAAGGGAGCAAAAGUGAUCAAAGAGGUUCUGUUGGAAGCACAGGACUUGGCCGUAAGAAAGCACAACGUGGAAUUCAAAUCGAAUUUACAUAUAGCCGAGUCCCUGACGGGCAGAGGCCGCUACGUGAAGCACAUUCGUUACCAUGCCAAGGGCAUGUUUGCCUUCAUGAAAAUCAACAGGUGCCACUACUUUGUGAAGCUGAUGGAAGGUCCUCCUCCCCCUCCAGAGCCACCAAGGACUGGCUUUGACCAGGCAAAAGAAUAUGUGCAGCAGCUGCGAAACAGAACCCUUGUUCAUACGCUCUGACAGACUGUUGUGACUGUAUAGGUAUCUCUUGUUUGACAAUGUAAUUGUAUGAAAGAAUAAUUAAAAUAAUGCUUUAGUUAUA